AUGAUAAUCAAGCUAAUUGUAAACAACCAGGAAAGCUAAGAAUAAUCAGCUGAACCUUAGCUCACGUUGCGUAUAUUCUGGCGUAGCCGAGCUAAGCCACUGCUAAUUUUUCUUUCUCGCGUCCAUGUAUGCAUGCGCAUACAUGGCUGGCGAUCCAUCAAAUGAACGUCAUGAACGUCUCGUGAGAAAUAGCGCCCACGCUACAGUCUUUUAAAAAUCCAAAAGAAGCCAAGCCAAAUCAUUUUUUUUUUUUGGCUAUUGGGGUGAACGCAGCGAGGACAUAACACGAAUAACAUAUGGUAACCACAGAACACCUAUACAAACUUACAUGGCGAGAACAGCAACCCAGUGAACGCAACACAGCCGCUCGUAACGACCGGGUGCACGCAACGCCGGCCUUCUUUAUGUGCUCACUCUCGCCAUGGAUAGCGCGUUAGUUGGGCUAUCCGUGCGUGCGCUUCAGCGCAAGCGACAGGCUGAAUCCACUCAUCCAGGAGAUAUAGCUAGACGGCAGGCUGCGAAAUCUCAAGCAAAAGCAAAGUUGCUUGCUGAAACACCGGAGCAGAGGGAGGCCAGAUUAGCACGUUAUAGGGUAUAUUACCAAGCGCGGAAGCGUGCGAAGACCGAAGCUACUGCAACCGCCGCCGUCGGUCAGCAACACGAACAAAGAGACGAAGCCAUUGAUACAAGCAACGGCACCCACAACGAACGUUUGACGAACCACACCUUUCCGCUGGCGGCAGGCUCGACUGCGACGCCCAGGUCUCACCGCGACUUCACGGACAACCCGUUGGGCAGCGUGGGUAACAUGUGUGAAAGAACGCGGCACGCCAAUGACUUGACCGCGGUGAGUGAGCCGAUGUAUCCUACGCUAGAUAUGGCAUUCCCCGAGUGGGAGCCAGAGUCUGUCCGUUCAGCCAAUUUGUCGCACGUGUAGGCAAUUUCUUGUCAAGCAGAAAGUGCCUCUCGUCAGCGUAAGCAACGACUACCCGCCUAUGCUUGCCGGCUUGCCUGCGUUGAACGAUGUGGCCGAACAUCUGCUGUGGCCCCGGUCAAGAAACACAGGCACACCAUCAGAUUUGCAAGAAAGCCUUUAAUAAAACUACUGGGCUUCUUCAAUUUUCGUAGUUCUGGCAGCCAGAGGGCAGCCAACUAGUUCCGGUCCUGAUAGGAAGCCAUGUGGGCUGGGAUCCCAAGACAAACCGAAGCUGCCCGAAGUUUGCAAAGUCGAACGCCGGGGUAGCUGGCCGCGGGAUAAAUGUAAACAAGCAUGGCAGCACCAGGCGAGGCGGCACGCGCUCGGCGUAGACAGUCCAUUUAUGCGUUGUCAGCUUGAAAAUAUAUAGUUGCAUUCAGGGAUACGAUCACUUUCGCGAGAUUUCGCGCGACUCGGCACGGGAUGCGCACUGGACACCUCACUUUGGACAGCGCAACCGACAGCCUCCGUCGCGUACAAUGCGAAGACGCGAAAUAGCGCGUAAGUGAUUGUAUCCCCGAAAAUGAUCGCUCGAGGAUCUGUGCUAGCAGCGAUCACGUCGCCUGCCGGCGACAGUGAUGAGUUGGCGUUGUGUCAUCACUUGACAAGACAUGAAAAAGCGGGAUAUCGGGUGUGUGCUGGUUCCAUGGCAGGUGACAGUGGCGGACUGAAACGUGAGGUUGCUGACAUACCUCCAAACACAGUGACUGCUCCGCGAGUGCUGCCGAGGAGCUGUCUUUGUGGACAAGUGGUCAGCACGGAUGUGGGAAGCCAGGCUCCAGGUUGGAAAGUGCGCAGGGAGGUGUCCAUCCAGUGCGGCUUACAAUGGAUGCCCCCUCUACCCCUUGCAACGGAAAUCUUUCCAUCAGCGACAGCUGGUAACAACACUGACAAAGGAACAAGUUGGAACCAGGCUAGAAGGGUGAACCAAAAGCUGUGUGUGCAUGAAAAGGGAAGUGAGAAGCUGUUUCAGUGUCAUCUCUGCCCGUACGCAUCACCUAGGCUUGGCAAGUUACAGUCGCACCUGGUAUCGCACAGCACAGAGAAACCAUUCAAGUGUGAAGUUUGUCCAGCGGCGUAUAAGAGCUUGAAGUGCUAUAAAGCCCACAUGUGCAAACACACAGGGGAAAAGCUAUUUCAAUGCCACCUUUGCCCAUAUUGGACAGUUUACUGGAAGUGCCUGUUGGAGCACAGAGGAACUCACUCAAACGCCAAGCCCUUUGCCUGCACCGUGUGCCCAUUCAGAGCUAAAAGCAAGGCAAACCUGCGUAGACAUAAGCUCAUGCACGGAGGUGAUGCACCUUUCAAGUGCAGUGUCUGCUCACUUGGUUUUCGCCGAAAGCAUAACUUAAAAAACCACAUGCAGCAGCACAUAGAGUCGUAGCUGUGUUAGUGCAUAGCUGUACUAGAGAUUGUGGGUGUUCAUGAAAGCAGCGCCCACCGUCAAUUGCCCAAGCAAGAAAAUGAGCUCGUCAGAAGAUUGAACCGAUGGCCUGCUAAAAAGCAGACGGCCCGAUCUCGACCAUCUGGGUCGCACCGAGCUUGGUUUUUGCACGUGGUUAGCCCGCGCCUGUGCCAGCUUGGUCUUUGCACGACACCGCGCCGUUGUCAUGACCGCCGGUUGAAUCAUUGUGACUACGUUCGGCCAACACGCGGGCCGGCGACUUCCCCACUACGGCAACGGCAUGGCUUGUCCGCGGCCAGCGUUCUUUUGCCGCAAUUAUUUUUUAUGUAUUCUGCUUUAUUCUUUUUUGAGUCACGUAUACGGGGUGCUUUUUCUUAUGUCGAUUUUGUAAGGCCUUUUGUCACAGAUACCAGCGUGUUCCGCUUCUUAAAUAUGGUUAAGUGGUGGACAUUACAUUCUGAAUAGGUCGCAAGUGCGGAAGCAUCUAAUUGAAAAAAAAUCGCGCUAGCUAUAUUUUUAAUUCAUCGCUUUAGGACAUAUGCUGUAAUGGCGAAAUUAGAGGCAGCGAACGUGCAGGAACUAUUCAAUCGGAACCAAUUGUGUAACUAGCACCAGUUUCGAGAUAUACGAAGUCACAGUCCGCAAAAUGAGUCGGUGUCCUGAUUAUUUCCCACAAGCAUUGCAUAUAUUGGCAGUGCAACGAGAAAAUAGCUAUGACACCAAGGCAUUUUUUUCCGUAAUCUUUGACGUAUAUAUUGAAACUGGUUGGUUCCAACUGAAUAGGCCCUGCAUGUUAACGGACUCAUUUCCACCAUUGCAACAUGUGCAUUAAAGUUAUUAAUUAAGGAGGUAGUUGGCACGAUUUUGUCAAUUAGCAGCUGAUUCACUACUACUCGUUUCGAAAGUCCACUGGUUAAAUGUAACCCAGAUGAAGUCGCGGAGUACUGGUAUCUACAACAGAAAUUUAAUAAAAUUGACAUAACAAAGACCCUGCAUAAUUCGCUGUUUAAUUCAUGCACCCGUUUGUGUCUUAAAGCGCGCUACAGAAGGCUACAGAAGGCGCUACAGAAGUAUUCAGUCGAAACCUCAGCAGUCAUGGAGGCAUUGCGGAAUCAGGGUGUAGACGAGCCGUAUGUAAAAGUACUGAAAGAUAUCUAUAGCGGCUCCACAGCCACCGUAGUCCUUCAUAAAGAAAGCAACAAAAUCCCAAUAAAGAAAGGCGUCAGGCAGGGAGAUACAAUCUCUCCGAUGCUAUUCACAGCGUGUUUACAGGAGGUAUUCAGAGACCUGGAUUGGGAAGAAUUGGGGAUUGGAGUUAAUGGAGAAUACCUUAGUAACUUGCGAUUCGCUGAUGAUAUUGCCUUGUUUAGUAACUCAGGGGACCAACUGCAAUGCAUGCUCACUGACCUGGAGAGGCAAAUCAGAAGUGUGGGUCUAAAAGUUAAUCUGCAGAAAACUAAAGUAAUGCUCAACAGUCUCGGAAGAGAUUAGCAGUUUACGAUAGGUAGCGAGGCACUGGAAGUGGUAAGGGAAUACAUCGACUUAGGGCAAGUAGUGACCGCAGAUCCGGACCAUGAGACUGAAAUAAUCAGAAGAAUAAGAAUGGGCUGGGGUGCGUUUGGCAGGCAUUCUCAGAUCAUGAACUGCAGGUUGCCAUUAUCCCUCGAGAGAAAAGCGUAUAACAGCUGUGUCUCAUCAGUACUCACCUACGGGGCAGAAACCUGGAGGCUUACGAAAAGGGUUCUACUUAAAUUAAGGACGACGCAACGAGCUAUGGAAAGAAGAAUGAUAGGUGUAACGUUAAGGGAUAAGAAAAGAGCAGAUUGGGUGAGGGAACAAACGCGAGUUAAUGAUAUCUUAGUUGAAAUUAAGAAAAAGAAAUGGGCAUGGGCAGGACACGUAAUGAGGAGGGAAGAUAACCGAUGGUCAUUAAGAUUUACGGAAUGGAUUCCAAGGGAAGGAAAGCGUAGUAGAGGGCGGCAGAAAGUUAGGUGGGCGGAUGAGAUUAAGAAGUUUGCAGGGACAACAUGGCCACAAUUAGUACAUGACCGGGGUAGUUGGAGAAGUAUGGGAGAGGCCUUUGCCCUGCAGUGGGCAUAACCAGGCUGAUGAUGAUGAUGAUGACAGAAGGCUGUGUAGACAAAUUAUCACUACAGUUCAUUUUUUGUUUAAUUUUAUUGAACUAUUUAGUGCAAACACAACAGAAAUCGGAAUACUUUGUUGUGAAAUGCUGUGAAAGUAGAUUAGUGGUCGUGCCAUAAAAUGUGAAUUAAUGACAGUCUUGUAUGGGUACUUGAAUGUGUCUUUCCUUGAAUUGCAUAGGUCUAUUCACCAGAGAACUGUGCAGCCAGGUCUCAGUUGACCGAUUGUACUAUGGUCCCGCUCUGGUAUAUGAAAUAAAGACAUGCAUAUACUAUGCAAGUUCCAGAAAUUGGGCAUGUAUAACUAUUGUUUGGGUGCUAAAUAUUGGACCAGACGCUUUGUGGCCUCUCAAUAACUCCUAAACGUUGUACUUAUGAACAGGUUGUUACAAAUCCACAAUUUUUCAUGACAAACACUACAUACGCAGCGCACAUGCAAACGCAUUCUCACGUUACUUAGCCUCAAGCGUCGCAAACAUCUUACGCCAGCGGGGCAAAACUUGCCUUUCUUCAAAUUAUCUUACGCGUGUCAUCACGACCGCAGGGACUUACAUCAUGCGCAUGGCAUAUGCAAGGUGUCCAGAUAACUUUAGCCAGUUUAAAAGUAUGCAAAUGCCAGGUAGCUGGAUAGAACAGAGGUAAUAUUGUUGACCGUCGCUUGGAAAUAAAAAAAAAUUUUCACCCCGCCUGAUUUGAUAAUUAGUCGUAAUUAAUUAAUCAACUUCUCAAAUAUUACAAUUAGAUGAAAAGCGUCAAUGAGAAAAUUGUAGAGCGACGUGAAAAACUUUCGGUGCAGCUUUCUGUUGCAGAAUACGUGCUACAUAAAAAUGUUUUUCCGAGCAUGAAAGGAGCCCGCAAAUGCACGCAAAAUUGCCGCGCGACUGGCCGCCCGCGGCACUUUACGACGGCAAACAUUACCUUUGUUCUGUCUCCCUACGUGGCAUUUGCAUACUUUUAAACUCUAGCUAAAGUUAGCUGGGACACUCUGUAUAGUACGCUACGGACACUGCAUGCGCACAUCGGUGUUCCAUGCAUAUUGCGAUGCACCCGCAGUCUCUUAAUUCGCUUGCACAAGGCUUUGGCAUGCGAACUCUUGCACAUUAAGUGCAGCUACAAAGACCACAAGGCAUAGAAUUUAGGCCGUGCUAUUAACAUGAACAUGUCGAUUUCGACAUAUCGAAAAGCGCAGACGAGCCCUCGAAACAAAUAAACGCGGCCUUACGCGCUCUCCUUCCACAACGCUGGAAAGGAUAGGCUCUAAUAGCGUAAAUAAUACGUGCGACUUACGUGUAAAUGUGAAGGUCCGUAGGAGAUGAAAAUCCGCAGGCUGGAAAUAUCCAUUUAUCGCGAAAAAGAAGCGCAGCACUAUAGACACCCUUCGAAGCUGCGCCGAUCAAGCAGCCACCGAACACUUCUUUCAGCAAAAAGCUCCCUCUGCACGUAUUCUGAAAUUUUCGCCUUCCACGAAACUAUCGCCUUGGCUACGCAUCCGCCAAUGGCUCGCGCUGAUUGGCGUUUUUAGCAAAACCGGAAAAUAAACAGCCCCAUAUAGUAGUUCCGGCCUACGUCAUUCUAGCGUCAUGGCGUCGAUGGGUGCUCUCAUAGAGUUACUAUAACUAACUCUAGAGGAAAACCUGGCCCGAAAAAAUGGGAACCGCUAGGGCGCCGCCCUGUUGCUACUGGUCAAUGUGGCUAGCGCAGUCACCAUUGAAAGAGCUGAAAACGAGUACAGGUCACCUAAUACUAUUGAAAGAGCUGAAAACAAGUACAGGUAACCUAAUGCUUUGUCAUUUAAAAACGCAUACCUGAUGGCUUUAUGAAGGUGAUGUGUUAAUGUUAAGUUUACAGAACGUGCUUGCUAAGUUUGUGACUUAUGUAAACCACGAUGUACGCAUUCCUGCAAUAAAGGAUGACGCUGAUUUCA